AUGUCCAGAUGGUACAUUCUGUUAGCAUGGCGUCAGACCUUCCAACAUAUGCCCCUUGACGCUCAAUCCAAUGUGCCAUUUUCCUCCUUCCAAGACCUCGAGUUUGGUAGCCUUAUCCUCUCUGGAACUUACUUCAUAUUAUACAUCACAUCAAGCCACAUAUGUACGAGCGUUGUGCAGGCAUCAUCACCUGGGCCAAACAGCGCAGUCAUGCUCGCGUCUAGGAAAGGAUGCGCUAGCGAUGUCAGACAGCACCGACAAGGACGGUGGUUUUCAAGUGGAAAUAUGAUGAGUGCGAGCACGAGCUGUAGAAGACUACGCCCUGGGUUCUACUAUCAGUGGACACAAACAUCCAAGACUAUGAUAUGUACCCGAUUUUCCAAGGCAAUCGUCAUCUGGUUCCGUCUCCAGCGGUAUGCCAAUCAGGGCAAACAGUGGGUUGGGAUAGCGGGCCCCUGGUGA